AUGCCGCCGGGCGCGUCCAUCGCCUCUUUGCUCCUCCUGCUCGCCUUCGUCCUCGAGGCGGGAGGCGAGACGGUGACCACCUCUUUCGACUUCCCCAGGUUCGACUCCAGCCCUGCAAACAUCACCUUCCUGGCCGAUGCCUCAUCCGCCAACGGAUCCCUCGAGCUCAACGAGAACGCUGGAUACAGCUACGGCCGAGCCAUCUACUCCAACCCAAUCCGCCUCUGGGACAACGAAACCGGGAAUCUCGCAAGCUUCACCACAAAAUUCUCUUUCUCCGUGAUCCGGCGUCCGAACACGACGACUUUCGCUGAUGGACUAGCCUUCUUCCUCACCCCUGUCGGCUACCCUAUUCCGGAGAACAGCACGGGUGGCGGACUAACGCUCUUCAACAGCUCAUGUGUAAGCCAACCAGCUAACGUCCCUGUGCUAGCCGUCGAGUUCGACACCUUCCGAAACUUUUAUGAUGAGACGGUAGCCCAUGUGGGGAUCGACCUCGGCUGUAUCAAGUCGAUUAGGAGCUCGUCUUGGGAGUCGCUCGAGGGCCAGACCAGAGCCACGAUCGACGCAGUGAUCACCUAUGACGCAGCCACCACCACGCUGACAGCCAUCUUCUCCGGCAGCAGCGGCUACAACAGAAACUUGCCUUACGUUGUCGACCUGCGAAAGGAGCUUCCCGAGAGGGUUGACCUUGGUUUCGCGGGCACCACUGGCGCAUUCUUCGAACGCCAUGUAAUACAUUCCUGGAGCUUCAAUUCAAGCCUAGAUGUUGCCGACCGUAACGGCAGCAGUACAAACGGCGGCGACGCUGGUGGGGGAAAGAAGAGCAGCAAUAUAGGCCUUCUGGCCGGUGUGUUAGCUGGCGCGGGAACUCUGGCAAUUGCAGCGGGUUUGGCGUGUUUCUUCGUCCGGCGGAGAAGGGCAUAUGCCAAGAACGGGGGACAGGACGACGCCAUCGAUGAGCGCGAACUUGAUGAAGGGAAGGGCCCCAGGAGCUUCUCUUAUUCGGAACUCGCCCGGGCUACCAGGAACUUUGCGCCAGAAGAAAAGCUUGGAAGAGGAGGAUUCGGAGACGUUUACAGAGGAAUCUUGAACCAGCCGAAAAUGGUGGUGGCCAUAAAGAGAGUGGCAAAAGAUUCGAGGCAGGGGAAGAAGGAGUAUGUCGCCGAGGUGAAGGUCAUCAGCCGCGUGCGCCACCGCAACCUCGUGCAGCUCGUGGGGUGGUGCCACGAAAAGGGGGAACUGCUUCUCGCCUAUGAGUACAUGCCCAACGGCAGCCUGGACGCCCACCUCUACAACGACGGCGGCAAUCCGCUGCCGUGGCCGACGAGGUACAGCAUCGCCCGGGGUGUCGCGGCGGCGCUGCUUUACCUCCACGAGGAGUCGGAGCAGUGCGUGGUCCACAGGGACGUGAAGUCGAGCAAUGUGAUGCUGGACGUCAAUUUCAAUGCCAAGUUAGGGGAUUUCGGCCUUGCGAGGCUGGUCGACCACGGCGGCGGCAUGGAGACGACGGCCGUGGCUGGGACGAUGGGGUACUUGGCACCAGAGACCGCGACGACGGGCAGGGCGAGCAAGGAGUCCGACGUGUACAGCUUUGGGGUGCUGGCCUUGGAGAUCGCGUGCGGGAGGAGACCGAUCGAUCACGGCAAUAAAGAGGGAGGAGUCAGUCUGGUCGACUGGGUAUGGGAUCUCUACGGGAAGGGGGCCAUUUUGGAGGCGGCAGACAAGAGGUUGGGCUCGGACUUCGACCGGCAGCAGAUGGAGCGGCUGAUGGUGGCGGGCCUGUGCUGCGCCCACCCGGACCACCGGCAACGGCCUUCGAUGCGGCAGGUGACCGGCAUCCUCCUGUUCGAGAUGCCGUUGCCUAAUCUUCCGACGGAGAUGCCGGAGCCGUCCUAUGGAGGGGUUUCCGUUUCGGGGUUCAACCUGACCAGCAUGAACGGGUGGUCGUCAUCUACGUCGGGGACCUCCACCGGAUUCACAACCGGCGCCUCCGUCAAUUUAGCGGGGUCCGCCGUCUCAAAACCCUUUCUGGAUCCGUCUGGCAGGUGA